GCCGCCAGUGACUGCUAGCCAAUUACGAAGAGAGGAGAAAUGCUAAUGUUUACAACCAGUGAAGUGGCUCCAGUUUCCCAGUAAAACCAGUGAUUCAGGUCAUUUUGCUGCACGGAGUGAAAUGACAAUUAGAUAAUGUGCCAAGUUAAAUGACGAGGUUAAACAUUCAGCGUCCUGAUGGAUUGGGUGUUCGUCAUGAACCGGAUGAGCUCUCAGGGCAGCGCGGCGGCCCAGCGGCGGCGCAUGGCCCUGGGGGUGGUGAUCCUGCUGCUGGUGGACGUCAUCUGGGUGGCCUCGUCUGAGCUCACCACGUACAUCUUCAAGCGGCAGGACUACAAUAAGCCGUUCUUCAGCACCUUCACCAAGACCUCCAUGUUUGUUCUCUACCUGCUGGGCUUCCUGCUGUGGCGCCCCUGGAGGCAGCAGUGCAGUGGCGCCCUGAAGCGCCGCCAGUCUGCCUUCUUUGCUGACGCUGAGGCCUACUUCGCUCCCUGCACCACUGACAGCGCUGUGAACAACUGCUUGAGCGAGCCGCUUUACGUCCCGAUGAAGUUCCAGGACGCAGCAGCCGAUCCGUACGACUGUUUACCUGCAGACUGUGAAACCGCCUCCAAAAAGCAACGGGUUCAUUUCAGCAACAUCAUGGAGGUGCGUCAGCUGCCGUCCACCCAGGCCCUGGAGGCCAAGCUGUCCCGUAUGUCCUACCCGGCCGCCAAGGACCACGAGGCCGUGCUGCGCACGGUGGGGAAGCUAACCAUCACCGAUGUGGCUAAAAUCAGCUUCUUCUUCUGCUUUGUGUGGUUCCUGGCUAACCUUUCCUACCAGGAAGCUCUGUCUGACACGCAGGUGGCCAUCGUCAACAUCCUGUCCUCCACCUCAGGCCUCUUUACGCUCAUCUUGGCAGCCAUCUUCCCCAGUAACAGCAGCGACCGGUUCACGUUGUCCAAACUGUUGGCCGUGGCUCUCAGCAUGGGAGGAGUCGCUCUGGUGAGUCUGUCCAGCAUGGACAACCCUGAUGAGAAAGGAGUCGUAGGCUCUCUGUGGUCGCUGGCGGGGGCCGUGCUGUACGCCGUUUACAUCGUCCUCAUCAAGAGGAGAGUGGACCGCGAGGACAAGCUCGACAUCCCCAUGUUCUUUGGAUUCGUGGGCCUCUUCAACCUGCUGCUGCUCUGGCCCGGUUUCCUGCUGCUCCAUUUCUCCGGCUUCGAGGCCUUUGAGCUCCCCAGCCAGCUGGUCUGGACCUACAUCCUGAUCAACGGCCUGAUCGGAACCGUCCUGUCCGAGUUCCUGUGGCUCUGGGGCUGCUUCCUGACGUCGUCUCUGAUCGGGACUCUGGCUCUCAGCCUCACUAUCCCGCUCUCUAUCCUGGCAGACAUCUGCCUGCAGAAGGUCCAGUUCUCCUGGCUGUUCUUUGCUGGAGCCGUUCCCGUCUUCCUCUCCUUCUUCAUUGCUGCGCUGCUCUGCCACUACAACAACUGGGACCCGGUGCUGCUGGCGCUGCGCCGCCUCUACACAUUCAUGUUCAGGAAGCACCGAGCGCAGAGGUACGGCGGCCCCAAACGGUCAAAAAUACGAUCAGGAAGCACCGAGCGCAGAGGCUGUCAGACGAACAGACUGAAAGCCUUAUUCCUCUGCACUCGGUUGAUGAGGGUUCGUCCUUCUGACGCCUUGGAGCCAACAGGCUGGAAGCCUCCUGGGCGUUGAACCUGCGCCUGUCAUCCAUCCAGCCUGAUCUUUUAUUUUUGGUUCUUUGUGUCGGUUCUGGUUUCGUAGAAGCGGGUCGGGGUCGGAUCGUCGAUCUGCUGAGUCGGCUCUACUUCCUGCAGCUCUUUUCAGAAAUCGGUUUAAAGCCAAACAUCCGGUUAAAUUCAACUUUGCUUCGUUUGAGGCGAAUGAAACCAGAACAGCUGAUCUGGACCGGAGAGCAAAGUGAAGCUCAGAACCUCUGAGGACCGAACCGUGGCAACGGGGAACCGUGGCAACGGGGAACCGUGACGACGGGGAACCGUGGCAACGGGGAACCGUGGCAACAGGGAACCGUGGCGACGGGGAACCGUGGCAACGGGGAACCAUGACGGGGAACCGCGGCGACGGGGAACCGCGGCGACGGGGAACCGCGGCGACGGGGAACCGUGACGACGGGGAACCGCGGCGUCGCUCGGGACCAGAACACUAAUUUCUCCUGGAUGGAUUCACCUUUAACCUCAGAGGAAGUGAAGUGAUCCAGUUUGCUCUGAGUUUCCUCCGUUUAAUGGAGACGAGCAGAAACACGUUAAUUUAUCAAUCACUACAGAUUUCUGCUGCGUCUCUACGUGAAGCUGAAAACCGGCCGGCGCCUCCGGACUGCUGGGACUUCUGUCCUCAAACAAAGCACUUCUUCUUCUCCUCCUUCUUCUUCUUCUUCUUCUCCUCCUUCCUUCCUUCCUGUGAACGCCUCCUCAGCAGGAGAAAAGCCGACUCUUCUCGGUUCAUCCGGUUAAAUGUGCUGUGAUGUUUUUGCUUGGUUGGUUUUUGUUCGUUGCACUUUGUCUGUUUCUUCUUCUGUGGUGAUUUCAGCUGAGAAGAUUUUAAAGAAGAUUAAUGUUUAUGUUUUAUAAUGGUGCUUGUGAAAUCAUGGGUUGGGUUUUUCUUUCUCAGGUUCUGUUUUGUUUUCAGGAUGUUGUACAAUCUAAGAAAAAAGGCUUAAAAAGUCAUGUUGAUAAUAAUAAUCGCCCCUUUAUCAACCAACUCGUGAAUAAUUCCUUUAUUUUUCAAACCUGUUUUCAUACUUCAGUGCACUAUUAAAACAUAUAUUUCUAAAAUUCA